CAUUGUUUUCGGUGCUAGUUUGGCUUUCAAAUCGAUUUGCAACUCAGUUUGUGUUCGGCUUCGUCAUGGUACGCUUCUUGGCGAUCUUAUUGUGGUGUAUGGUUCUGGUGAAUUUAGCAUCUGCCGAGCUGGCAGGUCUAGCGAAUCCCGCCCAAGGUGUACUGCAUGAAGCGCUGAAACCAAACGAGCGCGAAACAUUAGACGACUGUCACCUGCGCUUUUACAGCUUUGGAAGCGGUGGGGCGGUGGCGCCUGCCGCCGGUAGGCCAGCAUAUUUGCGCGAGUUUGCUCACAUAGGCACGAUCGGCUGGAGCCAGCCCGCUGGUACGGUACGGUGGAGCUGUGGUGGAUCGCUGAUGUGGGAGAACUUUGUGCUGACGGCGGCAUACUGUGCAGCGGACUUGAACAAUGAACCACCGGACGUGGUACGCUUUGGAGAUUUGAAUCUGUACAACUCGACGGACGACCAGUUUGCGCAGCAGUACAAGAUUGCAGAGAUUUUGCGCCAUCCGGAGCAUCGCUUCAGCGCCAAAUACCAUGACAUUGCGCUGAUUAAGCUAGAGCAACGUAUCACAUUGAAUGAAACCGUUGCACCCGCCUGUCUUUGGAGCGAGGAGGAGCUGCGGUUCGACGUGCUGGAAGCGGCCGUCUGGGGAGCAACCGGUUUCGGGCAAUCCCAAACGCCGACACUGCUGAAGGUCUCGCUGAAACCGGUCGAGCGGGACCGGUGCGAUCAGUUCUACCGGGUGGGCGAUCGUGGCCUACGUGAGGGAUUGCAAGACUAUCAGCUGUGCGCUGGCGAUGUGAAGAUGGACACCUGUCCGGGUGACUCGGGAGGACCGCUACAGGUGAAGCUACUGCACAAUGCCAAGGUGACACCGUUUGUUGUGGCGGUGACGUCUUUUGGGAGCGCUUGCGGCCAGUCUACGCCGGGUGUGUACACAAAGGUGUCAAAAUACGCUCCAUGGAUUCGAUCGGUUAUAGCGGCGCACGAGACUGAUGCUGAAGAAUGGAAGUUUGAACCCUACGCUUGUGCGUUACGGUACGUCCAGCUGCGAGAAUACGAACCGGAUGUUGUGUCACGCAAAUCGGAAGGCCAUGAAUCGUUAAGCUUCGACGGAGUGCAUAUCACGAUCGAAGAUUCCCUUUCUACGGUGAAGAUCGGUUGGGAAGAUGCAAAGCUUAAGGCACCGGACAACUGUUACGGUGUUUUGAUCGACGAAGAUACUGUCCUAACGCUUGCUGAGUGCACUAGUUAUGAAGGCCUACCAGCCACUCACGUGAUCGUUCUAGAUGAUAUAUGGAAGGAAAUUGUACGUCUCUACACACAUCCGAACUAUCGUUCAGGAUCACACUACAACAAUAUAGCAAUCGUGAAGCUGAAGGAACCAAUCUUCUUCACUUCGCGCUACUUUACGCCCGCAUGUCCCUGGUUUUAUCCGGAACUGCCCGAUCCAGAGUUUGAGGUUACUGGUCGUGGUCGUAACGAUCUUAACACUGUUCCACUGUACGAUGAACAAGUGAUUGGGAUAGAUGCUAGGAAUGCCUCUUUGCUGGUACGAUCGGCUCAACAGCGCGAUGGAAACUGUUCCCUCUCCCAAACACAUCGUCAGCUUUUCACCAACGAUCUGUCAGACGAGCAUCUUUGCUUUGGACAUGGUACCUUUCUGGUGCCAGAUACCUGUGAACAGCUGUUCGGUGGACCGAUACAGCGCAAUCUAUUCCGGUACUCCAAGUACUUCAAGCAUGUGUACGUGCUUAACCUGCUCGGUCGGGACUGCGGAUUUGGCCAGUCGGCAGUUGGAGUACGGCUUGCCCAUCACGCAGAAUGGCUGAGCAAGGUACUGCUGCCUCAGCGACGUCAUGCAGCUGCACCGGUACAGUUCUACAACACCGAUCUGGAGCUGAACGAUCACUGUCGGCGUACGGAUGGGAGUCAGGGCGUUUGCACUGAGCUUGCCCGUUGUCCGAAGGUGCGAUACAGCAGGUUACAUUCUGCGCCAACAGGACGAUUGUAUGCUGUCCGUAUCAUAAUGUGCUGAACGGAACUGAUGACGUUGGUAUUGAGCUGGAUGAGUGCGAAGCGAGAUACAGUGCGUUGCAUCAGAAUGGGAUAUUUGAGCCAUAUUGGGAAAACCCGAUCGUGGAACGUUUUCCCCAUGUAAUCAUGAUCGCUUGGCAAACGAGUGAUGGGGAGUUUGACUUCUGUGUUGGCACACUUAUCACACGAAUUAUGGCUCUGUCGUCCGCCAACUGUCUGUCACGCAUCAGCAGCAACCGUACCGUGGUGAAGCUGGGAUGGGAAAAGACGGCUCCUACAUUGUGGGUAAAGGAAACAAUUCUGCAUCCCCAGUACGAGGAAAGCACACUGCGAAAUGAUAUCGGAAUAAUGAAGAUUGAUGGUGAAGUGGAUUCGAAAACGGGCAAAGUGCCGGCCUGCCUGUGGCACAAUCAAACCCACACACCGUUCCAUAUGCGGCAGUUUAUGCUGUCAGAGUUACAGUACCUGAUCAGCUACCCAAAGUAUAACAAAGACUGUGAGGCGUACCAGCACUUUGGCAACCGGA